UGCCUCGCGUUAUGGUAUGCGGUAAGCUGCAUCUCCUCUAUCAGAGUAGUUCUCUCCUUCAAUGAUGUUGGUCUGCAGGUGACUUGGUCUGGGCUCACCAAGAGUGCCAGGAGAUAUUCAACGGUCUAGCAGAGGUCGUGCGAAUGGACUCUCCCGACCGCGCAGACUUCCUCGCAGGUCUCAAGCCCGGUGGGAAGUAUGAAGGCGUCGUGGGUCUGUACCGACACAAUGUCUCUACAGACCGUAUCGGUCUAUUCGACAAGGAAAUCAUCGAUGCUCUUGCCGCUGCAGGCGUGAAGUGGAUCGCACACAACGGCGCAGGAUACGAUCAAAUCGACGUACUGUAUUGCAAAGAGAAGGAUAUCUGGGUAUCAAACACCCCAGGUGCCGUCGACGACGCGACAGCUACGACGGGCUUCUACCUCAUGAUCUCCGCGCUGCGGUGCUUCUCGCGCGCGGAGCGUACCCUACGUGCCGGCGGGUGGAAGUCGACGCACAAGCCCGGCGAGGCGCACGACCUGACCGGGCGCACGCUCGCGGUUCUCGGCCUCGGCGGGAUCGGGCUGCGACUCGCGGAGCUCGCGCACGCGUUCCCGAUGCGCAUCGUCUACCACAACCGGCGGCCCAACCCCGACGCGCCCGCGUGGUGCGAGUACUUCGGUGCGGACAGGCUGGACGAGAUGCUCGCGCAAGCGGACGUGCUGAGCGUGCAUGUCCCGCUGAAAGACUCGACGGUCGGGAUGGUAGACGAGACGAUGAUUCGCAAGCUGAAGCGCGGGGCGGUGAUCGUCAAUACUGCGAGAGGGAAGGUCAUUGACGAGCCUGCCAUGAUCAGGGCUCUUGAGGAUGGACAUCUCGGUGCUGUCGGCUUGGACGUGUUCCCCGACGAGCCGCAAGUGAAUCCACGCUUGCUAGACUUCCCUAAUGCAACACUCCUCCCUCACAUGGGUACGGAGACGUGUGACUCACAGAAGAAGAUGGAGAUUCGUGCACUCUCCAAUCUUCGCGACUUCCUGACGAAGGGCAAGGGCUUCGACAUCAUCCCAGAGUUCAAGUAGACGUAGAAUAAACCAUAUGAUGCAACUGUACUUUAUCUUGGUAUAUUCCGAGCCAAUCGCCCUUCGAGCCGCGCUA